UCUGCGAGUGGCGAAGCAUUUGGACGAGCAAGUUAGGUUUGCUUUAGAGAUUUUUAAGGUAAGAAAUAGGAUUUUGAACGGAAUGUUAAUACAAAGAAGAAACAUAUUUUUUAUUGCAUUCCAUACUCCGUAUAUACCCUGAGGUGUUUUGAAAAUGUAUCAUGUAUUUGAGACGGGCAGGUACCGUUGUUAGUGCUUGUGUUAGGUUUAGUUUAGGUUUUCUUUUGUACAAUAGAUCAAUAAAAGAUAACCCUUACUCCAGCUCUUCUAGGAAGAAUAGUUUCGAAGUUAUAGAGGUAUAUCCAGUGUAUAAAGGUUAUCGGUUUCCUCCUGUACUAACAUCAAUAAGGGAUGAUCGUUACUGGACCUCUAGGAAUUGUUUCGAAUCGAUAGAGGUAUCCACUAUAAAUAAAGUUAGCUUAGUUUAGGUUUCCUCCUGUAGUAAUAGAUGACACUUAUCUGUACUAGACAGUUUGGAAGUGAUAGAGCUAGCCAGUAUAAAUACGGUUAGGUUUCUUCCUGUAGCAACAUUGGAUCAAUAAGAGAUGAUAGAGCUAUAUCCAUGCAGUAUAAAUAAAGUUAUAGUUUAGUUUAGUUUAGGAUUCCUCCUGUAGUAACACUGGAUCAAGAAGAGAUGAUACUUACUGGACCUGUAGGAAGAACAGUUCCGAACUGAUAGAGCUAGCCAGUACAAAUAAAGUUAUAGUUUAGUUUAGUUUAGUUUAGUUUAGUUUAGGUUUGCUCCUGUAGUAACACUGGAUCAAGAAGAGAUGAUCGUAUACUGGGCCUCUAGGGAGAACAGUUUAGAACUGAUUAGAGCUAUCCAGUAUAAAUAAAAUUAGUUUGGUUUAUAGGUUUUAAAAACAUUAUAAAUUGCUUAUGAGCGAUGCCUAUCUAUGGAGAACAGUUUACAACUGAUAGACUAUCCAGUAUAAAUAAUUAAGUCAGUUUACUUUUGGUGUUAACCCAGUCAUGGCUACCCCUUCUUUUCUCGAUAGCAAGAAUGCAAAUCGAGUAUAAUAAAGUUGUCUGUACAUGGCAACGUCACAGCGAGGACUCAUUAACCCACUAACAUCCCAAGACGCAGACGAUAUAGGGAACAGAUAACGUUAAUAGAUUUGUAAGCUAAUACCCCCGGACGGAUUUUAAUUCACUUGCAAAACCGACAAGAUAUAGUUUAGUGGAAAACAUAAAACCGUUACUUUGAAUUAAAAGCUGGAAUUCGUCAAGGUAUGUAGUUCAUGUCCUGUGCAAUAUAAUAGAAUGAUAGAUAAAGUGGGAUUAUAUUUGGCGGUUUUUUCUGAUAUUAAUUUAUACAUGAAUGUUUUAUAAAUUGUAGAAAAUUGAUAUAAGCUAAUACUUCAAAUCCUUGAUACAAAUUAAGCGUUGUGUACGGACGACUAAUUACGCAUAGCUUAAAUUGAAUGUAUUAUGACUAGAAAAUACACACUUUCUACGAAAUUGAAUGGUGUUUUAUGUUGUUCUAUAUACAUAGCUACUUCAUGUGAAACUCGUAAAAAUUGUGAAAUAUUCUAAUGCUUACAAUUCCUGCUAAAAAUGCAUAUCAUUGAUUACGCACGGGGAUAAGCUAAUUAAAUAUAAACCUGCAUAAACCUGCAGUAUAUUAUAAUUUUUUUUGAAAGCAUUUGGCUCAACUUUAUAGUUCAUAAAAUAUAAACGAUUUGUAUAGGAUUAUUCUAAACAAGGAUUAAAUAUCAUUUUUAAUUUGAACAUCAAAACUGUGACUGACACAAGAACGUGUUAAUUGACUUAAUUGCAUAUUUGUACAAUUUAAAUCGUUCCAUGUUUGUCAAGAUUUGAACUCAUGCAUGCCAUAACUAUCUUAUUAUAUGCUAUUUUAAUACUUUGUUGGGGAGAGACAGUCAACCAUGAGACCGCUGCAUGUACGAAGUAUAAAAGCUGGGCAAAGCAAAAACAAAUUCGAGAGAUAAUUCUUCCGUUCUGUCUUCCUAUACUUGAGGUCGCUAUAGUGGAAAUCAUGCAAGCUCUAGCCUCUCUAAUACUAUAGAUUGUGCGCUCUUUAUUUUAUGGUAUUCAGAGAAUGCUGUGCGCAUCAUGUGUAAUUUAUAAGAAAUAUUUUUCAUAAUUUAGUGCAUGGGAACAUGACCUCAAACACGAAACAAUGCUCAUAUCAUAUAUCUUAUAAGUAUAUAAUUUGAAUUCUCGAUCACAUAUUGCAGGGUGCGAUAAAUCGCGCACUUGCGUUCGGGAGGCGCGCCAGUAUUACGGUCUGGUUCUUCGUAAUUUGUUUCAGUUGGAAAAAAAGUGAAAUCCAUACUACGAAAUUUGCAAUUGCACGACAAAAUCCAUAGUAUAUCCAUCCUAUUUCGAUACUAUACCCACACUAUGGAAAUAUACAAUUAUUAUGGAUAACCAAAAUCCAUUCUAUUUCCAAUAAAGGUCCAUAUAAUUUCCAUUCUAUGACCUUCUAUGGAUUUUCAAAUUUUUUCCCAUGUAUUUUUUCCCUAAUUUUUUCCAAAGUAACCAUGUAGGUACCAAGCACCCGCAUAUAGGUACUUGCAUUUUGCUGGUACUAUAGGAUUUUACCAAGCCCAAGUUAUUCAAAACCGUAUACGUAACCGUAUAAAGUAGGUACGUCUGACAUGUCUUGGCAUGAGACAUGACUGGACUGAUCGAACUAAGCCUAAGGAAUGCUCGAGCCAAUUCUAGUGUUUGUGUACUGUCCUUCUCGUUCUAACUGAUAGAGUCAGGUUACUGAAUGGAUACUUUCAGAAACUUGUACUUUAUGUACAUCAUUUCAAACAUUAUAACGCCUGUAUUCUAAAAGCUCACUCACAUUCAAAGAGUGGAGGUUCAAUCUGAGCUUCCCUCGAGUGUCAGUGCUGUUUUUGAAUAGCUGGAGGGUUAGUGUCGUACCUUACUAUGCGACUACUCACCCUCCAGCUAUUCAAAAACAGCAUUGACACUCAAGAGAAGCUCAGAUUGAAUCUCCACUCAUUGAGCGUGAGUGAGCUUUUUGAAUACAGGCGUAAGUACACCUUGAUGUACCAGCUCAUGCAAAUCCGAGGUAAUAAUCGUCCGAGUACCAGUCAGGUACACAAAAACUCCUCAAAUUAUCGUACCCAGACAUAUCUGCGGCAGCCUUCGGGAUACUGUAAGUUAAACUCGUUCUAUAGCACACAAUCAAUCGAGAACUAUAACCAACAUCAUCCUAGCUCUUUUAAUUUAGGAUGCUGCCAUAGGUAUGACAUGGAUCUCGUUAUUCUAAUUCUGCUAGUUUAUCAGUUUCAAAAAAGUAUUUAUUUAAACUUUCCGAAUCCUGUGGGGAAAUUUUGACAAGAUUUGAACAGCGAUAGCCUUAGAAUGGAACAAUGUAAAACGGGUAAAAAGGUUAAAGGCGGAAUUAGUAAAAAUUGCGCUCUAAAAAUAUAUUCAUUCAUAAAUUUUCUAAUCUUUUGGGAAAAUUUUGACAAGAUCUGAAUUGCGAUAGCAUUGGACUGCAACAAUGCAGAAACGGAAUUAGUAAAGAGUAUGUUAUUAAUUGAACACCGCGUGUCUGCUUUCUAUCAGUGCAAAAAUUAAAGGGAUUAAGAGAACAUAUUCCCCCAUACUGCUGCAUGGGUGUGCCUAAUAUGUGUUUGUGUUUGACAAUAGACCCAUUGCACUAACGUCACAAAUCCUUAGAGUGUCCUCCAGAUGCUCCCUAACAAUAUCUGUUCGGGUACAACAACCACAUACAGCGCAAAAAUUGACCAUUUUAAUACAAAAUUAUUAUAAAGUUUUGCAAAAUUUGCUUUGUUUACAAAAAUUAUAUUAUGCAUAGAUUGCUAAUUUGUCCUCCAGAUGCAUCGUCGCCGGCGCUGUGACGUCAUGUGCAAUGGGUCUAUACUCGUAAAGAUAAACAAAAACGGAUGUCUAAGAGUGCGUCACAAUGAAUAGAGCCAUCUGAUUAACCGUUUGAAAAUUUUAUCAUUUUAAAUCUCUUUUUUUAAUUUUUAGAGAAAACUUAUGGACGCAUCAAACAUCACCACCACACCAUCAUUCACCCCUUCUACCCUCUAUCCAACCCUAAAUACCACCUUCAAUCCCAACACGACCCUCAAUGAGAGCGGCACAAGCCCCACAGCCCCUAACAUUAUAUUCCUAACCUAUGUUGGUAUACUCGUCUGCAUCAUCACAUUCGCGUUGCUAGGCAACCUAGUCGUGAUCAUAGUGUUCCUCUUCGAUCGAAAACUACGGGUAUCAUCAAACUAUUAUAUAUUCAGCCUUGCUGUUGCAGAUGUCAUCACCGCGGCAUUGGUAAUUAUUUCACUUAGUUCGCACAUAAUCAUAUACUGACAAUCUUGGGAAAUAAUUUGACUCGUCAAGAGGAGAGCACAGGUGCUCAUUGCUCAAUGGGCUAAUCAGACUACCUUAUUAUAGGAAAUUAACGAUGCACUUUAUUAACGUGGAUUUUAAAAAUUCGCGUUAAUUUAAUUAAUGUUAAUUUAUGUGAUCGUUAAUUUUAAGUAUGUAAUUUUCAUUUAUCGUUAGUGUUAUAUAAAACAAAUCUAGGUAUUUUUGACUAACUCUUUUAAUAUCAAAAUACAGCAUAUUAACGUAAACUAAAAAUAUCAGUGCUCCUCUUAACAUUAAACCUUUGUUGUUGUUGUGUCUAUAUUUUCCGAUUCGCGUUAAUUUAAUUAAUUUGCCAGCCAAAGAUCAGAUUCGCGUUAAUAUAAUCAUGUUUUAAAAGACCUAGAAGCAAUCCGCGUUAAUUUGAUGUCGCGUUAAUUUAUGUCGCGUUAAUAAAGUCCAUCGUUAAUUUCCUAUAAUAAGGUAUUUGCCCAUGUGUCUAGUUAAUAACCAGCAAAAAAAAUGAAUAAUUGUUGUGUGCUUUAAUUACAACUCCAGGGGCCGGUUGUUCAAAGGUGGGUUAGCGCUAACCCUGGGUUAAAAUUAAACCUGCUGUUUUAGUUUGUCUAUUUCUGGUCGUCUGUUUAUUUCAAGAAUUCAGAGAAGUAAACUCCUAUCGAUCCAGACAACAAGAUCUCUGAAGAAAUAUUUUCAAAUUUAUAGACAAGCUGUCAGGAAGUUUGCUUUGAAUUUUAGGUUAACCUAGGGUUAAGUUAACCCAGCUUUGAACAACCGGCCCCAGGAUGCGAUCAUUCAAGAUUUCUAGUCGUACCUGACUGGUACGCUAAUGGUUGUUGCCGCGUACUUGCGCUAGAACAAAUUCAGUACUCAAUGCUCAAUGUGUACUUAGUCUUCAAAAACUCAUUAAUAAUUCAUGAACCAAUUAUCCAAUCUUGAGUAAGAAAUUAGUCACGUGCAUACGUCUUUAUACCAACUAAAGAACACUUUAACAAAAGACCAUUGUUAUGCAAACUAUAUAAAGAUUUUUAUAUAAAGAUUUUUAUAUAAAGAUUUUUAUAUAAAGAUUUGACUUAUUAUGCAUACGUUUUUGAAGUCAUUUAAAAAACUCGCGGGUCGUGUUUUUUAGGUCUAAAGCCACUCGCGCUGCGCGCUCGUGGCUUUAAACCUAAUAAAACACUCCUGCUCGUUUUUUAAAUAGUACUUUAAAGAUAAGGUUCAUAAAGUACAGGUUUCUGAAAAGUAUGUUCAGACUACGAGAUAGCAAACGGAGUUUUGCUAUUUGAAAAGGGAGUUUUUCUAUUUGAAAAGGGAGUUUUGCUAUUUGAAAAGGGAGUUUUGCUAUUUGAAAAGAGAGUUUUGCUAUUUGGAAAGGGAGUUUUGCCAUUUGAAAAGGGUGUUUUGCUAUUUUAAAAGGGAGUUUUGCUAUUUGAAAAAGGUGUUUUGCUAUUUGAAAAGAAAGUUUUGCUAUUUGAAAACGGAGUUUUGCUAUUUUAAAACGGUGUUUUGCUAUUUGAAAAGAAAGUUUUGCUAUUUGAAAACAGAGUUUUGCUAUUUUAAAACGGAGUUUUGCUAUUUGAAAACGGAGUUUUGCUAUUUGAAAAGGGAGUUUUGCUAUUUGAAAAGGGGCUUUGCUAUUUAAAAAGGGAGUUCUGCUAUCUGAAAAGGGAGUUCUGCUAUUUGGAAAGGGAGUUUUGCCAUUUGAAAAGGGUGUUUUGCCAUUUGAAAAGGGAGUUUUGCUAUUUGAAAAGGGUGUUUUGCUAUUUGAAAAGAAAGUUUUGCUAUUUGAAAACGGAGUUUUGCUAUUUGAAAAGGCAGUUUUGCUAUUUGAAAAGGGUGUUUUGCUAUUUAAAAACGAAGUUUUGCUAUUUCAAACAACCGACUCCAACGUUUCUUAGUGCCAUCAGUGCAAUCAUGUUUCAUGCCAAGACAUCUCAGACACAUGAUAUACCAACUAAAUUACGGUAUUGAAUACCUUGGACUUGGAAAGGUCAUGUGGUACCACCAAAAAAUAAGUACGCAGAUAGCAAGAAUUCCGCGUACCUACGUGGCACGUGGCUGAAAACAAAGAAGUACCAGACAGUAACAUUGGCGUACCUCCGGUACGUAAGUACGCGAAUUAUCGCACCCUGUCAACUCAAGUUGUAAGCAGGUUGCAUGCGACAGUUUUAGACAAAAUUGGGGAAUAGCAAAUCGGUCUUCGAUAUACCGGUACAGUGAUAGAUCCAACAUGAUCUGGAGGGGGGGGGGUGCUCUGCUAACUCUGGUGCACAGUUGUGUCGGUCACAUGCCCCGCCCACCAUCAACAUACAACAGUACUUGCUUGACUACUGUAUUUGAACUAUAAUUGUUAUUCACAGUUGGCUUAUCAUUAUGUUAUUACUCAUUUAUUUGUCUCUAAUAUAUUUUUGCUUUAUCAUAAAAAAUAGCAAUGCCCUCCCCCCCCCCCCCCCCCUGCAUUGCUAUAUGAUUAAAAUAAAAAUCAAUUCAAAACUUUUUUGAAGGUGAUGACAUUCGAAGUGGACCAAUGGCUUAACAAUCUUAAAUGGCGCUACAGCAGAGUUUUAUGCAAAGCGUGGACGACCGCUUACCUCUUCACAGUUCCCGUCUCCAUCCUGACCACCUGUCUCUCAAGCAUCGACCGUUGGUACGCUAUAUCAAGACCUCUACAAUACAGAACAAAUAGAAACGGCUUAAAACACAAGGCACUCGUGGCCAUCAUUCUGAUAUGGAUUUAUAGUAUCUUGUUUGCUCUUUUACCGGAGUUCGGGUGGAACCCCCCGGGGGCAAGUCACGGGGUGAAAGAAGACUCGCCAUAUUGUUUCUUUGAUAUCUACAUAGAAUACUCGAUCCUGAGUUCAGUACUACAUUUUAUUCUUCCUUCUCUCGUAACGGCAUUUUUUUACUAUAAUAUGUUUAAAGCAAUGAAAACGCACACCAUGCAUCGACGAAGGAUGUCAAGCGGUUCCGACUGCUCUCAUGCACGUGGCCCCUCUCAAACAAAAAGAACAACAAAUCAAAGAAAAGAACAACGCAUAAACUUCCGUCAUAACGUGAGCUUAGCUAAAAGCUAUGCCCUGAUUGGCUCCUUGCUCAUUCUCACAUGGUGUCCGCAUUCGAUCAUCAGUAUAAUGCAGAACACGUGUUAUUAUAAUCAGUCAAGGAGUUAUGGCUGUGGAAAUAUAAUGGACAUUAGUGACGACACAGUCACCAGUUUCCUGCUGUUGGGAUAUUUUAAUUCGGCUUUAAAUCCAAUUGUCUACGUCCUAAGAUUUCGACAGUUCAGGUUGACGCUGAUGGAAUGUGUAACUUGUAAGAAACAUUGACAGUGCGGCGAUGGUCUCCUACCAUUGUACAGGGCUGCUGAGAGGGGCAUUUCCCCCUGGGUCCCCAGCUCUUUGAAAUAAGGCCCCCCCAAAGCAUUUAAAAUUUCUUCAUACAAGAUUGCUUAAAUAAGACUAUAGAAAAUUCUCAGUGCUGGAUAAUAUGUAAUAAAAUAUAAUAUACUGUAAAACAUGUACUGCUUGUAUAUUGUAAGACAUGCCGUUACUUUGGGGGUUUUAUGCUUUACUGCACCCCCGCUCUCACCCACUAUCAGGACUUAACCCCCCCCCCCCCCCCC